UCUACACUCUCUUCUCUCCCUUCAUUUCACUUUAAGAACCGUCUGAGAGAAAGAGGAAGAAAAGUUGUAGAGAGAGAGAGAGAGAGAUGGAUAAGGAAGUUAUAGCAGUUUCCGCCAUGGACGCUUUUGAGAAGCUCGAGAAAGUCGGCGAAGGCACUUACGGGAAAGUCUACAGAGCCAGAGAGAAAGCCACGGGAAAGAUCGUCGCUCUCAAGAAGACGCGUCUCCACGAGGACGAAGAAGGCGUUCCUUCCACCACUCUCCGCGAGAUCUCCAUCUUACGCAUGCUCGCUCGCGAUCCUCACAUCGUCAUGUUGAUGGACGUUAAGCAGGGACUGAGCAAAGACGGCAAAACUGUGCUGUACCUGGUGUUCGAGUACAUGGACACUGACGUCAAGAAGUACAUCAGAAGUUUCCGUCAAACCGGAGACAACAUUCCUCCCCAAAUCGUCAAGAGUUUGAUGUACCAACUCUGCAAAGGGAUCGCCUUCUGCCAUGGCCACGGUGUGCUGCACAGAGAUCUGAAGCCUCACAAUCUCUUGAUGGAUCCCAAGACUAUGAGGCUCAAGAUUGCGGAUCUUGGUUUAGCCAGAGCCUUCACUCUCCCUAUGAAGAAGUAUACUCAUGAGAUAUUGACUCUGUGGUAUAGAGCUCCAGAAGUUCUUCUUGGCGCCACUCAUUACUCUACAGCUGUUGAUAUGUGGUCUGUUGGCUGCGUUUUUGCUGAGCUUGUGACUAACCACGCGAUUUUUGCUGGAGACUCUGAGCUCCAACAGCUUCUCCAUAUUUUCAGGUUGCUUGGGACACCCAACGAAGAAAUGUGGCCAGGUGUGAGCACACUCAAGAACUGGCACGCGUACCCACAGUGGAAGCCGUUGAGUCUCUCCACGUCUGUUCCGAAACUCGACCAGGCUGGACUUGAUCUUCUCUCUAAAAUGCUGCAGUACGAGCCAGCGAAACGAAUCUCAGCAAAGAUGGCUAUGGAGCAUCCUUACUUCGAUGAUCUGCAGGACAAGUCCUCUCUCUGAGGAGGAUUUUGAUCUUUGAGUUAGUGCUUCUUUCAAGCAUAUCUCUAGUGUGCUUCUCACUCUCUUCGCUUUAGCUUAUUAUCAUCACCUCUGAUUGUGUUUCUUUCUGUUCCCAAGUUUGUAUCAAAAGGCUUUAUUAGCUUUCAACGUUUUUAAGAAGACUUAAAUCUAUUCUAUAAUGAUACUACACCCUUGAUGAUACAUGA